UUGUGUGGCACGGCAGAGAGCCAGAGGGAAAGAAGAGCCUCAGCAGGGACUUUCACUCAGACUGAUGCAGUUUCAGGUCUUCAGCGCGUAACUUUUGCUCGAUUUUCGCUCGCUGCUUUUGGCGGUUUUGCUUUAGAGUUCUCUAAAGCUACAGCUGCUUAUUUGUUUUUAUUCUUUUUUGUUUUGUUUUUUAUUUCUCUACAUUUCUCCCGCAUGCGAGUGUCGUGUUAAAAGACAAAAAGUUGUCCAAAUGUAUAACAUGAUGGAAACCGAGAUUAAAACCCCUCUGCCGCCGCAGACCACGGGCUCGGCGGCGGGCGGGAAGAGUGGCGCUGGGGGCGGCGGAGGUGGAGCCGCGGACCAGGAGCGCGUGAAGCGGCCCAUGAACGCCUUCAUGGUGUGGUCGCGCGGCCAGCGGCGGAAGAUGGCCCAGGAGAACCCCAAGAUGCACAACUCGGAGAUCAGCAAGCGCUUGGGCGCCGACUGGAAGCUGCUGACCGACGCCGAGAAGCGGCCGUUCAUCGACGAGGCCAAGCGGCUGCGCGCGAUGCACAUGAAGGAGCACCCGGAUUACAAGUACCGGCCGCGGAGGAAGACCAAGACGCUGCUGAAGAAGGACAAGUACGCGCUGCCGGGCGCGCUCCUAGCACCUGGCGCGGGCGCGGUGAUGGGCGGCGCGGGCGGAGGAGGGGGCGUCGGGAGCGCGGCGGCAGCGGCGGCGGCGGCCGCGGCGCAGCGCAUGGACGGCUACGCGCACGUGAACGGCUGGGCGAACGGCGCGUACUCGCUGAUGCAGGAGCAGCUGGCGUACCCGCAGCACCACGGCAUGGGCGCGCCGCAGCUGCAGGCGCCCAUGCACCGCUACGACGUGACGGGCCUGCAGUACCCCAUGAUGUCGUCGGCGCAGACGUACAUGAGCGCGGCGCCCACGUACAGCGGCGUGGCGCCCGCGUACGCGCAGCAGAGCGCGGGCGCCGUGGGCCUGGGCAGCGUGGGCUCCGCGUGCAAGACAGAACCCAGCUCACCGCCGCCCGCCGUCGCGUCGCACUCGCAGCGCGCGUGCCUCGGCGACCUGAGGGACAUGAUAAGCAUGUACCUGCCGCCCGGGGGGGACAGCGCCGAGCACGCGGGCCUGCAGGGCAGCCGUCUGCACAGCGUGCACCCGCACUACCAGAGCGCGGGCACGGGCGUGAACGGGACACUACCGCUGACCCACAUCUGAAAGACUCUGUGAAAUGAGGAGGCGGGGGGUGUUUGGGUUGGAAUGGGACGAAAUGGGGUGGGACUGGGGGGUUAAAAAAGGACUAAGUACUUCGGAUACUUGAACAUUUAUGAUUUGCAAAAAAAGAAAGAAAAAAAGAAAAAAAUCGAAGUUCCGUUUUGUUAUUAAAAAAGUGAAAAUGAAAAUUAUUUUUAAUCUCAACGAGUUGUCAACUUUGAAAGAAUUUUAUGACGACAUAUCAUGGACUGAACGCUGAAGUUUUUUUUUUGAAUGUUGCCCUCAAAUAAUAAUAAUAAUGAUGAUGAAAAAAGCUAACGCAAUCAACUUCUGUACAGAAGAAUUGGACUUUAAAAUGCCAUCAGAUUUUCUGUCUAUGAAAAAAGGCACGUGGCUUCGUCAAGAGGCUGUUGUAUUCCAGAA